GAGCAGGAUGCCUCCUCCUGAGGACCGAUCCCCGCCGUGUCGGCGGCAGUCCCGCCUUGCUUCGCGUCCGGGCGCGGCUGGAAGGGUCCGCGGGGCGGGGCGGGGCCGGGCGGGGCCGGGAUCGGGAUCGGGACCGGGGCCACUCCCGUCGAGGCAGAGGGUCCCGCCGUGGCAGAGGGUGCCGCUAAUCCUCGCCGCCCUGGCCAUGCUGCCGGCCCUUCUCCGCCCCGGGCGGCUGCUGUCCGCCGCGCCGCUCCGCCCGCCCGCUCCGCGGGGAGCCGCCGCCGGAGGGGAGCCCGCCCGGAGCCCGGGCACCUCCCGCGCUGAGCAGGCUCACAAGGUGGUUGCAAGUUACAAACCCUCCAAGUUUGACAAAAAAAUCCUCAUCUGGACUGGUCGUUUCAAGACAGAAGAAGAGAUUCCUCUGAGGAUCCCGCCAGAGAUGCUAGACAAGGCAAGAAACAAAGCUCGAGUGAAAGCUUGUUACAUCAUGAUUGGACUCUCAAUUGUUGCCUGCUUUGCAGUGAUUGCUUCAGCUAAAAAGGCUGCUGCACGUCACGAGUCCUUAACAAGCUGGAACUUGGCAAAGAAGGCCAAGUGGCGGAAGGAGGCUGCGCUAGCCGCGGAGUCAAAAGCAAAGUAACUUCAUAUGAAAUGCCAAAUGCCCUUCCAGGAGCAAAAUUAACUGUUGCUGAGAGCAAUUAGCGAGUUUCACCCAUACAUGGACAAUAGUAUGCACACACUGGAGCCAAUAAGGGCAGUUACAGCAUCACAAAAAGAAAGGGAGGGUCUCUUUUAUUAGGGAGAUAUUUGGUGUACGUGUUGCAUAUAGUUAAAGUUAGUUAGAAUGUUUUGCAUAUGCUUAAAAGCAUAUUCAUUUUAAAGGAGAUGAGGUAGUUUUGUAGGAAUAUCAGGCAUCUUUAGUUAGAUAAUGACAAAAUACUUAAACCCACGAAGUUUUCUGUCUGGGACAGUGCCUAGUUUUUCAGCACACAAAUCAGACAGUUUGAACUCAUUUGCAUCAAUGCUGUAUUCAAAACAGUAUUUGCAUUUCCUAGUUUAAGAAGCCACACUUAUUGAACCACUAAAUAAAUACAAUAAACAUCUGUAAAAUAGGUUUUAUUGGUUUCUGUACGGUAUUUUGAGAUUUAACAUUCCAUAAUAUUGCAUACUACUCAUAUGUGUUCUGUUACGGUAAUGGGCCUUUGGCCUGGAUUUAAAGAUGCACUAUUACUAUCUGAAGUUAAUAUAGGUAGUGUAGUUUCCACACAUUAUAUGAAGACAUUGUGUCAUAAGUUGCGGAAAUUUCUCAUUCCAGAUUUCAGAGAACUCUUAAGGUCACAGUUCAAGUUCACAUAUCCAUUUUCACACUUAUUACAAAAAUCUUCAGUUGUACAAUUUAAUAAAUUUAAACCAACCAAGAAUUAACCACAGAGGAAAGACAAUAGUGCAUCUUUACUAUUUUCUUAAAGACAGGUCCAACAAUAAAUAGUUUCCAGUUGCAAAUUUGUUCUACAGCUAACAUUUCUGUGCCAACAUUACCACUAUUUUCUGAUUGCUGCUAGCUACAGUGUUCAAAGCAAAUACUAGAAAAUUAAAAAGCUGUAUGAACCAGUCCUUGGACAAAAGUGCAAUGAUGAAAAAAUUAGAUACAAUUCAGUGUAACAAGAGAAGGGAACUAAUAAAAAAAUCUUAUGCUCUGCAUAGUUGCAUAGAUUAGCUAGCUAGUAUUCACAUUUAAACGGAACAAAUGGUACCCUUUUAAUAAAACCAAAACCCUUUAUUUUUAAAUAGACUUUGUAAGUGAUGGGGGACUUCAGAUUCUGUAUUAGAUAGCAAACUUUAAGACACUUUCAUAUCACAAUUUUAUUUUGUUUUUCUCUCUAUAUCGGUUUCAUCUGUUUAGGCAACAUCAUCACAAUCCUGCAAAUGAGUAAAACAGAGUUGACUUUAAGUCAUAAUCUCUGAUUUUAUAUUGUUCAUUUAUCUGCUUUUAACAAAGUAUGAAGUAAACCCAGUGAUAAGAUAGGAGAGGUCAUCCUGUAUAUUUAUCCUUUAAAGGAUUUUCAGCAUUAUUUUUUAACAAUUUUAGGGUAAACCAGAUGUUGAGUUUAAAUAAUGACUUUCAUUAUCCAAAGUUCACCGAUUUUAGUUCCCUUUUAAACUGUUCCAUUUAAAUGUAUCAGAGGUAUGAAAUACAGUUUAUCUAAAUGUGUAAAGUGCAGUCACUAACUGUUCACACAUAUAGAAUAAUAUAUUCACACAACUGAAGACAUUCCUUCGAAACAAAUAGAAUACUUUAAAUGUCCCCCCUUUUCUUCAUUUUUUCAAGUCUUUCAACCAAGACUUUCAGAGCUCAGAUUUGGUUUAAAUAAGAGAGGCUUAUAAGAGAGGCUUUUUACAGGGUUCUUCAAAUAAAAAGCAGGCACAGCUGGUUGUGAUCAAAACAAGGUUGUUAGAAACAAAGAAAUACCCUGUUACCUGAAUAAUUUUCUUACAUUAGAACAAUAUUGAAAUUCAGCAUUUGCUACUAAUCUUGGUAGAUUUCCAUGAUUGUUACCCUGUACUUUGAUAGAUGGGGGAUGAAGGGGGGAGCAUGUGAAUGAAGGAAGGUUGGUGUAUGAAAACCUAAAACUAUGAGAGUAAAAAGGGCAUAAGUACAAUCACCUAACAUUAUACGAAAAUUUGGCAGCUGUACUCAAUAUUAUCACACUACUCAAAACUGUUGUAUGCUGUACAAAUCUAGGUUUAAAGUGUCAUUUGCUAAAAUAUCUCAUUAUUCAGAGUUCAUAAAGUAACAGCACUCCUAUAUACAGUUCUUAUACUUCUAUCUUCCACUAAAAAGACUUCAAAGGGAGGUUUCUUCCCUCCCAGUUACAUCUUAGUCAAAACUGACCAUUAAUCUUAGAAAAUCCACUUUAAGUCCCACAUUCAAUUACAAUAUAGAAUAUAUUGCUGUAACAGCAAAGUGAAACAUCUUAGAAUCUUAACUUGCAUGUAAAAAAAAUUCUAAAUAUAAAAUGGUACUGUAAAUGAUACCACCUUUAACCUGUAUUUUUUCAGUGCAUUAAAAUAUUGUUUAGUGAUAAGCACAGUGCCAUGGGUGAGUGAUUUGAAGUUUAAACUGCAGCUUUUUAUGAAGCAUGAAAUGCUCUCAUAUGUCAAGGAUUUCACUUAACCCAGGAGUUUGAUGUUAAUACAUUAAUUACAGGUAACAAAAAAUAGCAAUACUUCAGAGAUAACUCAAAGUAUUAAUUUCUCCAAACAAUAUAUACUACUAAUACACCAGAAACACUACUUAUAUGCAAGUUGAAGCAGAGUAUACAUUUUUCUGUAUUCAAAACUGUUAACAUAAAAUAUCAGAAUUCUAUUUCUUUUAGUGUUUAACAGCAAACAUGGUAUAUUGUAGAGCCUAAAUAUUUAGAUGACAAUAACUUCUAGUUAGUUUUGGUGUCCACAUACUUAAUGCUAUUUACAGUACAACAAAGUUUUCCUUCAAUUGGAAAGGAGUGAUUCACUAUUCAUUCUUCACUGCAGUAUUUCUAUUGUCUUAGCAAAAGAAAACUGAAUUCGUUAACUUAAGGAACAAUUCAAGUGGCGGUAGCAUAUUUGGUCAAAAAACAACACCUACUGUCUAAACUUUUAAGAAGCUACUGUACUAGAAAGGCAAACAAUGUUUCUCAAACUAAAGUGGUGUUACCACAUUCUGACAGAAGACAGCUGUAAACCAUCUGCUUGGUGACUUGUGCAAAUCACCAUCUCUGUCAUUCAUAAUUGCAGCAUUCUUGUGGUAACUACAGCAACUGCUUCCACUGCAAAGUACUGCAGUUGUGGCUGACUUGUAAUGUCAUUUAGCAGCUUUCAUUACAGAGCCAACAUCAAAUGACCAGCAAGCUCUCUGCUGAUUCCAAUUUGAAAACUUCUGAAAUAGUCUUCUUCCCACAUAAUUCAGAAAAAACUUUUUCAUAUAUUCAGUAUUAUAUCAGGUAAUUAGCAUUAUAUACGUAUAUCUAUUAUGUCUUUAAAUACAUUUUAUAAAUAAACUUCAACAGUGUGUUGUAAAGUAAGUAAUGCAUAAAAGUUUCACAAUUUAAAUAAAUAUUUUUCACAUUCCAAUUCAGCUUCUUACAAGCUCUUCUUUAUUUCAUGCCUUGGUUUUGAAGCAAUGUUUCUGCUUCAAUACAAGAGGUAGAUUUGAUAGAGACUGGGCAAGUCAAACUUACUGCCAAAAAUGCAACUGUCAGUAACUGUAUUGCUGAUAUGAAGUUUGAGACUAUAUGAAAAAUUCAGAACCACUACCUAAAAUUCUACCAAGUCUUAGCUUAACAGUUCUUGUUAAAUCACAUUUAAUGCUUUUAGACAUGAUUACUCACAGUUGUUUUCUGUACAUAGGAGAUAAUGAAAAACACAAAUACAAAACAGAGAACAGUUGUCUCUAACACAAUAUAUGAAAGUGCAUGAGCUGCUUCUUCAUCUAUUUCUGCGAAACAUAUUCAGCUUUUCCUCUAACUUUGGCCAGGAAGAAAAGACCUCUGAGAAAAAAAACCCAAACCAACCAAAACCCAAACCGUACAAGUGUUUAAAUUUUAUGCUUGUAUUCACUUCAGUAGUUUAGAGCUGGAAACCCUCCAUCGGAGCCUCCUGCUGUUGAAACACAAACUGCUGCUGACUUUCAUCCACCUGAGGUGCAAUACUAGAGUCCUCUUCUUCAACACCAAAAUAAUGUUCUAUAAGUUCGAAAGCCUUUUGGUAGAUCUCUUGGUUUUCAUGCCUCUGAAGAAAUUCAAUUUUAUCAAGUCCUAAAUUCAAAAUAAAACAUUUUCAAAAAUCGAGUAGCUUAAAUGAACGAUGAAUUCAAAGAGAAACAGCUUACAGCAUGGUACUUCUUAAAUAAAAAAAUGCAAUCCCAAAUCACCUCAAUUAAUUCAGUAUCAUUGAUUGUUAAUUUCCUAACCCAUGUAUUUCUACUUCAGUUUCUGCUGUCCAAAUCAAUUUUAAAACUAUGCUAAAAGCAUAUGGGUUAAACUGGGGAGCAGGCUGUAGUAUCUCCAAAGAAACAUGUCAUGCCUAUAAAGAAAUUGAAUCUGUAUAGAAUUAAGAUAGCAUAAAACUGUUUGCUAUAACAAUUUCUCAUAUGCCAGUUUCUUUUCUUUUACUCUUUCAGUCUUCCCCAACUCUAAAUUCUAUCUCCAAUCAUGUAGUCGUCACUGGCACAGUCUGGUACCUUUUUUCAAAUGUAACUGGGAGAUUUGAAGAUAUUAUCUUUCCAAAGGCUUAUCAUAUGCAAGCUAGAGGACGUAACCUCUCCUCUGUUGGCUGAAUUAAAUCUUUGGCCGUCAGUUAGGUUGAUACAAAAUUGCUGGUUAGCUAUUUUAAAUAAUUCAGUUUUCACUUAAGUUGGAUUAAGGCCAAGAUAAAGGCCUAAGUUAAGAGGCUAAAGCAGUGAGGGUGAUAUAAUAAACUGUUUUCCCUUCUUGAACUUAUACUCUGCAGCUUCAGCAGCCUACGCCUAAGUGGUAAGGGAAAAAAGAGAACCUAGAUAUUCAACAGUUAAAAUUAUGAAUGGACUCAAAAUCUGGAACAGAACAAAUUCCAAUAUACUAUUCAGUACUUAUUCCUCUUAAACAUUAAAUUGCAAAGUUCUUCAACUAUGCACUUGAUUUUAGAAAUAAAACUCUGUAACAGGCAAUUCAGAUUCAAAGACUGCUUUACAGAAAAGUCAGUACCAUCUAAUCAGAUAUAAUGUGAUCAACCAGAACUGUUACUAGCAGUUUCUGAAAUACAAAUGUCUGCCAGUUUUGUUGGGUCAGAGCUACAAAAAAGAUAACUCUCCAUAAAUAAUGCCAAUGUCAUUAUAAGUCAAUUUUAACACUGAUUUUGUUAAAUCAAAACCUCCAGUCUUGGAAUUCCAUAAAUUAGUUUUGAUAGUCUGCCUUUAAAACAUGGUUCAAUUCAAUAACUUUUAUAAUAAUAAUAAUAAUAAAAUACUAUCACAAGGAAAAACUUGCUCAGUUUUAUGGUCUGAAGUUGAUUUUGCUGUUACUGAUAUUUACUAUGCUAAAAAGUGAUCCAACUUUGGGAAUCAGUAAAACAAACCCUGAUCUUGCACCCCUGUUGGUAAUGAAACUGUACUAGUCAGGACUAUGUAUUGACGCCUAAACAGAAUAGGCCUACCUUGACAAGAGACUGAACAUUUUCUAAUGGAAUUCAAGGGAUAACUGAUAUGGGGAGCAUGGAAUGGGGUAAUAGGGUUGGGGAAUGUGUGUAGUUACUACGCUUAGGGUAAGGGGUAAGGGUAAAGGAAUACAUGUUGCUCUUUUUUAAAAUCUACUUCUGCUAUAUAACUACUUAUAAAACUUAUAAAAAUUAGAAAAAUAAAAAAACUAAAAGGACCUUAAGGCAUCAGUAUUAAAGUUAUAAAAAUUAUAUUUAGGAAUGGCCGAUAAACUUAUGCAAAGAAUGACUCCAAUAGACUAGGACACCUGUGUUAAAAUACUUCUGAGAAUGUUUCUCUAGGGGGACAUUUCAUAAACUGACCACAGAUAAAACACCCAGAUGUUUUCUGUAUUUAACCACUUUUCCCACCAUGUUACAUUAUUUCAUUUAUGAUAUCUUAUGUCUGCUUAUGCUUGAACUAAUUCUUGUAAUAAACUUACCUACAAAUUUCAAAA